AUGCCGGAUUGGGAAGUCUACGUCAUCGUUUCACCUGAUUUUUCCCCUCUACAAACCCAUUAUAAUAAUUCUAGUUUUCUCUGUGGUUUUGAUACCGGAGAGGAAUCUCCGGCUGUUCCCGCCGGUGAGCUUCCAUUUCCGGUCCGGUCCAUUUUCAACUGCAAACUUCCUAGCCGGGCUCGUCGGAGAUUGCCGUUUACGCAACCCAUUUUGACGAGCUCUUCUGCUAAUGUUUCUUAUCGGAAUUCACCUUCGCCGGAGCUGUUACGGUGGAGUUUUCUCGUCUACGACUCUCUCACAACUGAUGACGACGUCGUUUUAUUCGUCAAAGGGUUAAACAAUCAUCAAGGCAUUAACAGAGAACCCACAGAAUUCACCUGUAUUUUCGGCGACGGCGUUAAAACCGCCGUGGCAAGUUCAGUACAAGAAGUUUUCCGUUGUACACGGCCGGAUUUCGCCGUUAAUAAGCCAAUCAAAGUGUCAAUUGAAAUUGUAGGACCCACUCCUAUUGUGGUCCCUACAGUAGCCUAUUAUUCGCCACAACGGAAACUUGCUAGCCCUGAAAAAGCUAACCUCUGUUUUUGCACUAUGGUGUACAACGUGGCUAAAUUCUUAAGAGAAUGGGUUUUAUACCAUUCUAAAAUUGGAGUUGAAAAAUUUAUAUUAUAUGAUAAUGGAAGUGAUGAUGAUUUAGCCACAGUUGUUGAGGAGCUAGUUGAAGAAGGCUAUAAUGUGCAAACUUAUUUUUGGCUAUGGCCAAAAACGCAAGAAGCUGGUUUUUCCCAUAGUGCAAUUUUUGCUAAGGAUUCAUGUUCAUGGAUUAUGUACAUUGAUGUAGAUGAAUUUGUGUACUCUCCAUCUUGGUCAAAUUUAACUCAACCAUCAAAAUUACUAUUACCUUCUAUAUUACCGAGUUCAGAAGGAAUAUCGACUGUGAACAACAACAACAUACUCAGUGUAAUCGCACAAGUGGGAUCUAGAAAAUCGACCAUGAAAAAUGUUGCACAAAUUAGCAUCCCUUGUUAUGAAUUUGGACCGUCGAAACAGAAGGUACAUCCAGCAAAGGGAGUGGUACAAGGGUAUAAUUGUAGGAGAAAAAUGGAGAAUAGACACAAGUCUGUAGUAUUUUUGGAUGCUGUGGAUUAUUCUUUGCUUAAUGUGAUACAUCAUUUUAAGUUGAAGCCAGGGUACAAUGUGAAGAAACUGAAUGUUCUUGAAAUGGUGGUGAAUCAUUAUAAAUAUCAAGCUUGGCCUGAAUUUAAGGCUAAAUUUAGGAGAAGGGUGUCAGCUUAUGUUGUGGAUUGGACUAAACCAUUGAACCUUGGUUCGAAUGAUCGAGCUCCCGGGUUAGGAUAUAGUCCUGUUGAGCCUAAAGGGUGGCAGAGGAAGUUCUGUGAGGUGUAUGAUAAUGGUUUAAAAGAUUUGACAUGGAGAUGGUUUGCCUUGGCAAAGAUGAACUAUUCAGGAAAUUGA